AGGUGGAAGCGAGAGUGUUCAUUUUGCAGUAAAGGCACAAAGAAGGGUUCUUUUUGUUGGUUGGAGCAGAGAGAUAUGGCGAGAGGAGAGAGAGCAGAGACGGAGAGUGGCGCGUCGUUACCGUCGGUGGGUACGGACGCCAUGAAGCGGAGAGUCACGUAUUUCUACGAACCCUGCAUCGGCGACUACUACUACGGUCAAGGACAUCCAAUGAAGCCGCACCGCAUUCGCAUGGCCCACAACCUCAUCGUCCACUACGGUCUCCACCGCCGCAUGCAGGUUAAUCGUCCCUUUCCGGCGGCGGAAGCAGACAUCGGCCGUUUCCACUCCGAUGACUACGUCGAGUUCCUUGCCUCCGUUUCGCCGCAAAUCCUAUCCGAGAACUCCCACUCCCACUACCGCCAGCUGAAGCGCUUCAACGUCGGGGAGGACUGCCCCGUCUUCGACGGGCUCUUCGACUUCUGCCGCGCAUCCGCCGGUGGCUCCAUUGGCGCCGCCGUCCGACUCAACCGCGCCGACGCCGACAUCGCCAUCAACUGGGCCGGCGGCCUGCAUCACGCCAAGAAGGCUGAGGCCUCCGGCUUCUGCUACGUCAACGACAUUGUUCUCGGCAUUCUUGAACUUCUCAAAGUUCAUAGGCGUGUGCUGUAUAUUGAUAUUGAUGUUCACCAUGGAGAUGGGGUCGAGGAGGCAUUCUACACUACUGAUAGGGUCAUGACAGUGUCAUUUCACAAGUUUGGGGAUUUUUUCCCAGGAACUGGGCACAUUAAAGACAUUGGGGUUGGUGCUGGAAAGAAUUAUUCUCUAAAUGUCCCACUCAAUGAUGGAUUGGAUGAUGAGACUUUCCGUUCUCUGUUUCGCCCCGUCAUUCAAAAAGUCAUGAAUGUUUAUCAACCGGAUGCAGUUGUUCUUCAGUGUGGAGCUGAUUCCUUGUCUGGUGAUCGGUUGGGUUGCUUCAACUUGACUGUCAAGGGUCACGCAGAUUGCCUUCGAUUCCUCAGAUCAUUCAAUGUUCCUCUAAUGGUGUUGGGUGGGGGAGGAUAUACAGUUCGGAAUGUUGCCCGUUGUUGGUGUUAUGAGACCGCAGUGGCAGUAGGAGUGGAACCUAAUCCGAAGUUGCCUUACAAUGAAUAUUAUGAAUAUUUUGGUCCAGACUAUACUCUUCAUCCCGAGCCAUCCAACAUGGAAAACUUAAACACACCCAGGGAUCUGGAAAAAAUUCGGAAUGCAUUAUUGGAACAACUUUCCAAGCUUCCCCAUGCACCCAGUGUGCCUUUUCAAACAACACCAUCAAUUAUACAAGUUCCCGAAGAGGAAGAGGAGCACAUGGAUAUAAGACCAAAACGUCGCAUAUGGAGUGGUGAAGAUUUUGAUUCUGAUAACGAUGAUGACAUGGCUAGUUCAAAGAACUCUGUUUUAACUGCCCAAACGAGCAGCAGGUGUGGUGCAGAUGGGAUGGACGAAGAUUAAAGUAAGAGGAAGAGAGGAAGUGUUAAAUUAGGGCUGUUUGAAGCAUAUCAUAUUCAUAUUUUGUCUCCACUUGGUGGAUGUAAAUUUUACAGUUUAAAUAUUUUGAUGUACAGAGUAGGAAGCAGUGUUGCCAAAAUGAUGGUCUGCGGGGUGCUGGCUUUGUUUGUAAUGCCAGCUUUCCACUUUCUACAACAUUUUGCCUCGGAUCGCAUGUUUGCUUUGGCGAAGCAGAUUUUAAAUUUUAAAGUAUAUAUACAUAGUUCCCUUUUAUACCCCUUA